CAGCGAGGAGAGCAGAGGAAUCGAGCCAGCGGGUGGGUGAGGGAAAUUGGAGCCGCCAAGGUAUUAGAGGGGGAAGAUUUGUAGUCCGGAAACCGAAACUAAACAUCACAUCAAGAUCUGACGGAGUCACCCAAUUUAUCACAAUCUGAAUAUGAUGGGAUUUUGAACAUGGAAGGAAAAAAAACCAUUCACAGUGGGAAGAGACCGUACAUGUGUUGUGUGUGUGGACGAGGCUUCAGCCGAUCAUCUGGCCUGUCAAAACAUAAAUGCAGUCACACUGAAGAGAAACCAUGGAAAUGUGGGGAUUGUGGGAAGGGAUUUAAUUACCCAUUUCAAUUGGAAGCUCAUCGACGGACUCACACUGGGGAGAGGCUGUUCACCUGCUCCAUAUGUGGAAAGGGAUUUAUUACUUCAUCCAACCUGAUGACACACCAGCGAGUUCACACUGAUGAGACACCUUUUAAAUGCCCAGAAUGUGGGAAGUGCUAUAAACGUUCUGGGGACCUGAUGCGCCAUCAACGUGUUCACACUGACGAGAGACCAUUCAAAUGUCCAGACUGCUGGAAGUGCUACAAAAGUUCCUGGGAACUGAUGUCCCAUGAACGAGUUCACACUGACGAGAGACCUUUUAAAUGCCCAGACUGCAUGAAGUGCUAUAAAAGCUCUGGUGAACUGAUGUCCCAUCAACGUGUUCACACUGACGAGAGACCGUUCAGGUGCUUGAACUGUGGGACUGGGUUCAAGCGUUCAUCUACUCUCACUAAACACCAGCGCACUCACACUGGGGAGAGGCCGUUCACCUGCUCCAAGUGUGGGAAGAGAUUCACUCAGUCAUCCCACCUGCUGACACACCAGCGGGUUCACACUGGCGAGAGACCUUUUAAAUGCCCAGACUGCGGGAAGUGCUUUAAGAGUUCCAAGGAAUUGAUGUCCCAUCAACGUGUUCAUACUGACGAGAGACCUUUCAGAUGUUCUCAUUGUGGGGCUGAGUUCAGGCGUUCAUCUCAUCUCACUGAACACCAGCGAGUCCACACUGGGGAGAGGCCAUUCACCUGCUCCACAUGUGGGAAGGGAUUCACUCAGUCUUCCAGCCUGAAGACACACCAAAGAGUUCACACUGUAGGAGAUCUUUUAAAUGCCCAGAGUGCGGGAAGUUCUAUAAAAGUUCUGGGGAAGUGAUGUCCCAUCAAUGUGUUCACACUGAUGACCUUUCAGCUGCUCCCAGUGUGGAACUGGGUUCAGGCGAUCAUCUCAAUUCACUGGACACCAACGAAUUCACAUCGGGGAGAGACUGUUCACCUCUUCUGAGUGUAGGAAGGGAUUCACUCAUUCUUCCUGCCUGCUAACACACCAGCGAGUUCGCAAGUAACAACAAUGAUUGGAUUUUGCUGUUAAUCACAUCCAGAACUGAACCAUGUUAGUUUUUGCUGAUGUUAAUAAACUCCAGCCCAGUUAUAAGGGCUAAUAUUCUGGAUUAAAGUGAAAUGAAUUAGCUUUCUGUUGAACAUACGGUGUGUCAAUUUUUUUUAAACAUCUCUAGUACAAGCUACAAAUGAACAAGGAACAGGAGGAGG